AUGACCUCAAACCCAGGCCAAAACCAAGGCGGGGAAGCACCUCCGUCCUCAGUGACCGAUGCCGUACUCGUCAAAUCAGGAGAAAUGCCCGAAGGCUCCCAGAAAGUUGAAGAGCUAGAUUUCAACAAGUUCGCUGGACGAGACAUAACAGUUGAUGACCUUCUUAGCGGCAUGAACCAUAUGGGCUUCCAAGCUAGUUCGAUCGGCGAAGCCGUACGAAUAAUCAACGAGAUGCGAGCUUGGCGUGACCCGGAAACCGAUGCUAAAACCACCAUCUUCCUAGGCUAUACUUCUAACCUGAUCUCCUCUGGGCUUCGAGGAACCCUUCGCUACCUCGCACAGCACAAUCACAUCUCGGCCAUCGUGACUACUGCCGGCGGUAUUGAAGAAGACCUAAUAAAAUGUCUUGGUGAUACGUACAUGGGUUCCUUCAGCACAUCUGGCGCCUCCUUGCGCGAAAAGGGGUUAAACCGCAUCGGCAACUUAGUUGUACCAAAUGACAACUACUGUCUCUUCGAAGACUGGGUGGUGCCCAUCCUGGAUACCAUGCUUGCUGAACAAGAAGCUUCCAAAUCCAACGAUCCGUCUGGAGACGGGUCAGAUGAAAUCAACUGGACACCCAGCAAAGUGAUCCGUCGGCUAGGGAAGGAAAUCAACGAUGAGCGUUCGGUUCUGUACUGGGCUUAUAAGAAUAACAUUCCCAUUUUCUGCCCCGCUCUUACGGACGGCAGCCUGGGCGACAUGCUGUAUUUUCAUACGUUUAAGGCAUCCCCAAAGCAACUGAAGAUCGACAUCGUAGAGGAUAUACGCAAGAUCAACACAAUUGCCGUAAGGGCGAAGAGGGCCGGCAUGGUUAUCCUAGGUGGUGGAGUAGUAAAGCAUCAUAUUGCGAAUGCGUGUUUGAUGAGAAAUGGAGCGGAGAGCGCCGUGUAUAUAAACACUGCGCAGGAAUUUGAUGGAAGUGAUGCUGGAGCGCGGCCUGACGAGGCUGUUAGCUGGGGAAAGAUCAAGGUCGGCGCCGAUAGUGUGAAGGUCUAUGUUGAGGCAACUGCUUGCUUUCCCCUCAUCGUCGCAGCAACCUUCGCGAAAGAUGCAUGUAAACCAUAA